AUGCACGCCACACAGGCACUCGAGGAGCUGCUCCUUGCUGCUGCAGCACCCCAACACAGCAGCAGCAGCAACAGCAGCAAGGCAGCAGCAGCAGCAGCAGCAGGGACUGGUAAGCUGCCCUGGGGAGAUGUGUGCCUUCUGCUGCAGCAAUGGGCAGAGUUUAGGCAUCAACAGCAGCAACUGUGCUCUCAGCUGCAGCAGCUGCAGCAGCAGCGAGACCUAUUCGCAGACGCAGCAGCAGCAGCAACGGCCGCUAGCGCAGCAGCAGCAGCUAGAGCAGCAGCAGCAGCAGCGCAUGCAGAAGGAGCAGACAUUUUAGAUAUUAGCGAGACGAAUCCUCUUAGAGCAUUGGAGCUCUUCGAUUCAGUCCUGCAGCAGCAGCUGCUGCUGCCACAGCAGCGGCAGCAGGAGCAGCUUGUGCAGCAGCAACAACGCUGCAGCAGCAAGGUGUUGACAGCAGCAGCAGCGGCAGCCCCCGACUCGCUCGAGUGCGUGCUGCUCUUCCUAGACGACCAAGUGGCAGCAACAAGAGCACGAAUAGCCGCAGCAGCAGCAGAACUCAGCACCAGCAGCAGCAGCAAGGCCCUGCAGAUACAGUUGCUUGCGGAGGCUGCUGCUCAGUCAGUUUUCCCACGGCGGCACGCAGCAGUAGCUGCUGCUGCUGCAGCAAAGAAAAGGGGAAAGCAGAAGGCCAAGAAGAGCGCCGCUGCUGCUGCAGCGACGAACGUGAAGCAGCAGCAGCAGCAGGAUCAGCAGCAGCAGCAGCAGAGGGGGCUAACUGCGGAGGAGGCGGCGGCAGCAGCAGCAGAAGCAGCAGACCUCCAGGAGGUAGCUGCUGCAUGCGACACGCUGGUACGCGCAGCAAGGGCCUACGCCGCCUUUGCUGCUGCUGCUGCUGCUGCAGAGCCCCUCACAGCCAGCUUCGAAGAAGCAGUGGAGGCCCUUCCCUCGCUUGCAGCAGCAACAGCUAUUGCGCAGCGGGCAGCAGCAGCAGCAGCAGCUGAGGGCGAGAAGGACUAG